AUGCAUGACAGCAGAAUUGAACAACUAUGGGAAAGCAGAGAAAGAAAGGUUCUUAACAACAUCAGAGAAAGAAUCUGGUUGAGUUGGCAUGGUUACCGUCAUUGGUGUUUACUUAAAACAUUUCAAGAAAAUAAUCUGGUUGCACUUGAAAUGCAUCACAACAGAAUUGAACAACUAUGGGAAAGCAGAGAAAGAAAGGUUCUUAACAACCUCAGAUUCCUUGACUUGAGUUACUCAAAUUUGAAGACCCUUGAUUGUGGCUUAUUUUUGAAUAUGGAGAAGAUAAAUCUUGAAAAAUGCUCUGAUUUGAUCGAUCUUCACACGCCUAUUGGAUGUCUAAUAAGGCUUGUCAACUUAGACUUAUAUCAUUGUUGUGGAUUGAAAUCUUUUUCAUUUGUCAAGCAACUGGAAUCACUAGAGGGUGGUAAUGUUCUUAAGAAGUUACCCGAGGAUCUUGGCCUAUUAGAAUCUUUGGAGAAACUAAAUCUAGCCUAUUGCAAGAUAAGAGAUGUUACGAGUAGCAUCUGCAAGUUGAAACAUCUCAAAAAUCUUGACCUUCACAACUGUGAUCAACUUGAGAGAUUACUUGAGAAACUAGGAGACAUAAAAUGCUUAGAACAGUUAGAUGUAGAAGGUGCAGGUAUAAGUCAUCUUCCCCAGAGCAUUUCUUUACUAAAUGGUCUUAAGAUCGUUGGAUUUAAAUAA